AUCCCAUAUUGAUCCAUGCAUAGCAGGGCAGGUUCAAUAAAACCAGAACGUACAAUAUAGAGCACCUACGAAAUGCCGCUCAGAAGUUAAAAAACAACCAUGUCUACUUUGAAUGACUACGAAAUUUUGGACAAAAUUGGAAGUGGGACUUAUGGAGAUGUUUUUAAAGCUCGGUUUAAACGUCAAAAUAAAAGUACUGAGAUUUUUGCAAUAAAAAAGAUCGACUUUACCAAGGCAAAUACGAAAGAAUUGGAACAUCUUUCCCGCGAGGAGAGUAUUCUCAGAAACCUCUGUAACACAAAGCAUGAAAACAUUGUCAGAUACGUCACCUCGUUUAAGACGGAUUCGGUGCUGUACAUAGUGACCGAGUUAUGCGCCGGGGGCUCACUCUACGACUAUCUGAGACAGGUCAAGAUAGGUUUAGAAGAGCACGAGUUCAAGACUUACCUGGAACAAAUCUUAAAUGGGGUCAAGUAUCUCCAUUCGAAGAAUAUUACUCACAGGGAUUUAAAAACAAAGAAUAUCUUGCUCAGUUCAGACUGCCGCAUAAAAAUAGCCGACUUUGGAGUAGCAAAAGAAGUAACCAGCAAUAGAGCAACCAAUACUGUCUAUGUAGGUACAAUGCACUACAUAGCUCCGGAAAUGACGGACGGAAAAGGAAACUAUAAUUCAAAGAUUGAUAUUUGGGCCAUUGGCUGCGACUGUUAUGAAAUGGGAACUUCCAAGUAUGCUUUUGACGGCAGAAAUGUCACAGAAUUAAAAAAUGCUGUGGGGAAAAAUAUGUUACCAAAUAUCAACAGCCUUCGGUUUUGUGAAACAAUGCGAGAAAUGAUCAUCCAAAUGUUGGCCCUUGACCCCACCAAACGUCCGGAUGCAGCUACACUUCAUGAAGAGGUAUUACGUCACGAUUGCCAAAAUAUGAAGCAGUGUCAAAAAAGUCACAAACAGACUCAAGUAUUCUCUCACUCAACAGUUAUCCCUGGACAACAAAGGAAUGAAGUGUUUUUAAGUAGCCAGAGUUCAAAUAUAUCGACCAUUCAACGAUGUCCAGAUCAUGAUAGGGAACCUACUCAGAAUACAGACUCUUUUGAAAAACAGAAUGGGGAAGACUCGUCCUGUUUGUCACCUCGUCCAUAUUCGAAAGGCCUGAAAUUGACCGUAAGUGGGGAACAAAAUACCGACUCGUAUGAAUUCAAUAAGCCCAGAAGUGUGUCAACUUCAUCUCUCGGGGAUUCCAUCAAAAGUACUUCAUCUAGUCGCAUCGAUUCUUCAAGUGAUAUUCCUACUCUUUACCAAACGUCUGUGGAUAAAUUUGAUAAACUUCUAUACAACACACUGAUAAAUGAAGGUGGGCGUGAUGUUUACAGAAAUUUGGGGAAUCUUAUGCUGAAAGAGAAUUGGCAAACGGAGGAUUUCGAACGUUUAGAUCAAGUUCUUGGGGAAAGGUUUGCUUGGUUACGAACUCUCGUAAUGACGGUUAAGAAUUUGGAAGACGGUGUGAAGGAAUACUCGAACAGAUAGGAGAAUGUCUUUCAAUUUUCAAGCCUCCCAAAGUGCUUAACGUUUAGUGCUUGUCAGAAGAUAUAUCAUCAGAAAAGAAUUUCAAACAAAGUGUCUGGAUAAGCAACAUUUAAAUGCGUGUACGCUACAUGUGUCACUUUGAAGCAGAUGAAUCCUGCAUUAGUUAGAUGUAGACAAAGGAUUCAAAUUCGGAGAAUAAAGGAAAGAGGACAAAGGGACAAUCAAUUUUGCGGUAAAGAAUGCCAUUUGUAAAAGUGUGUUUACUUUAACAGGUGUAUAGCAAUGAGUUUCAGAGAGGAUAUAAUUUCGUAAGAUUGGACAAUUGUAAUCAUUCUGAAAUAAAUAAAUCAUUUUCAAUCAGAGAAAGGCUUCUUUUUUAUUUAUGCAAGUUGCAUAGCAAGUGUGAUAACGUCAGUUCACAAAAAAUAAGAACAACUCAUAAAAAUAAACCUUAGGGUCAAAAUGAUUCAAGGCACUGAUGUACAUGUAUGAUUAGAUAUAAAUAUAUAUAUAU